CACAGACACCAAACUGUGCCAAAGAAAUAUCAUACACCGUGUCCCUUAGCAGAUUUAUUUGUGAGAGAGAUCUCGUGCAGACUGGCGUACAAUCGUCUCUCAGAUCGAAACAUGUAUUCCAGCGUAUGGAGUAUGGAGAGAUGUCGAAUGGUUCAGGGUGCUGUGGGCAGCACGCAGGAAGGCUUGGCAGAGCAGGUGGGGUCCGUGCUGAACAAGCUCAACUGCCAGUUAGAAGCCCUUCGAGACAUGGAGGACAGGGAGUCCAAGACAGGUUACAGACAGAUAAAGACAGUUGGACAGGCGCCAUGGAAACGGGCAGGAGGGAAACGCGCUACAGCGUGGAUAGAGACGUGCUGGAUGAGAAGCAUCUGGAGGAAGCAUCACGAAGAGUGGAGAACUCCGACAACCAAUCACUGUGCGCCCAUCUCAGAGAAUCACUCAGGUGUUCAGUGCCCAGGUUAAAGCGCAACAUGGUGAGCUGCUUCCCAAUACUGUACUGGCUCCCCCGGUACUCUCUCUGGGACUACGGCAUGUCAGACCUCAUCUCUGGCAUCAGUGUGGGCAUCAUGCACUUGCCUCAGGGGAUGGCCUACGCCCUGCUGGCGUCUGUACCUCCAGUGUUUGGGCUCUUCUCCUCUUUCUACCCACCUCUGAUCUACUUUAUCUUUGGCACAUCCCGACAUAUCUCCAUAGGCACAUUCACGGUGCUCAGCAUCAUGGUGGGCUCUGUUACUGAGCGCUUGGCACCAGACCAGUUCUUCCUGGUCCUGAACGGCACCAACCUAACUGGAGAGGUGAACACUGAGGCCAGGGACUCCUACAGGGUCACUGUGGCAGCCACAACCACUGUCCUGGGGGGAGUUAUUCAGGUUAUCCUGGGCAUGGUGCGGUUUGGCUUUGUAGGUACAUACCUGUCGGAACCGUUGGUUCGGGCCUACACCACUGCCGCAGCUUUUCAUGCUGUGGUGGCACAGCUCAAAUACGUCUUUGAUGUUUCCCCCAAGCGCUUCAUUGGACCCUUCUCCAUGGUGUAUACGCUGAUAGAUUUGUGCUCCCUGCUGCCUCAGACACAAGUUGCCACCCUGUUGGUCAGUCUUGUGUCUAUGGUGGUCCUCAUCGUUGCCAAAGAGCUCAACUCCAAGUUCAGCCACAAACUGCCUGUACCCAUUCCAGUGGAGCUGAUCGUUAUCAUUCUGGUAACUGUGGUGUCGCACUUCGGGCACCUGCACACCAUCUCCGGCGUGGAUGUUGUUGGGGAACUUCCGAGUGGGCUGCAGGCUCCCACUAUGCCAGACGCCAGUAUCUUCAAGCAGGUGAUUGGGGAUGCCUUCGCCCUGGCCGUGGUGGGAUACGCCAUCUCCAUCUCCCUGGGCAAGACCUUUGCUCUCAAGCACGGCUACAAGGUGGACAGCAACCAGGAGCUGGUGGCCCUGGGUCUCAGUAACGCGGCCGGGGGCCUCUUCCAGUGCUUCUCUGUCUGCGCCUCCAUGUCCCGCAGCCUGAUACAGGAGACCACCGGGGGAAAGACCCAGAUGGCAGCGGUGGUCUCGUCUGUGAUAGUGCUGGUGACAGUUCUAAAGCUCGGAUGCUUGUUUCAUCAACUGCCCAAGGCGGUCUUGGCAGUCAUCGUCAUCGUCAACCUGAAGGGCAUGUUCCUGCAAAGCUGUGACAUCAUCACUCUGUGGAGAAGCUGCAAAAUCGACCUGCUGGUGUGGCUGGUCACCUGGAUCUCCACGGUGCUUUUUAACCUGGACCUGGGCCUGGUCAUCUCCAUCACUUUUGCACUGAUGACCGUCAUCUUCAGAACUCAACUCCCACAAUACUCCGUCCUGGGACAGGUGCCGGGCACAGAGAUAUACUUGGACAUGGAGAUGCACAAAGAGGUGAGGUCGGUUCCAGGCAUCACCAUCUUCCGCUCCUCAGCCACCGUGUACUUCGCCAAUGCCGAGCUGUACCUGGAGGCCCUGAAAGAGAAGAGUGGGCUGGACAUCACCAAAAUGAUCACCUACAAGAGGAGGCAGGACGCCAAGCAGAAACGCAGGGAGAUGAGGGCAGAGAGGAGGGCCAGGAGACAGGCCAACAGAGAGGCAGAUGAAAAUGGCGGGGACGGGGGCGCGGUGUUUUCGGUGGAAGAGGAAGCGGAGCACUGGAAGGAGAAGGAGCUGCAGGAGAGCCCGGGGGAGGGGGAGCCGGAGUGGCGCGGCAGGGAGAACGGGACGGUGUUCGUGAUGCCGGCGCGGCCCAACGCCUCGGGCACCUGGGAGUACCUGAAGUGCGGGGACCCGGACUCCGCCACGCUGGGCUCCACCUCGGGGCUGGAGGGCGACACCACCACCCUGGCCUCCAGCUGCGACGACACCCUCAGCAGGGACCUGGAGAGGGUGUCUCUGGGCUCUCUGGGCAAGUGGACCUGGGACAUCCAUUCCAUCAUCCUGGAUCUCUCCACCGCCAACUUCAUUGACACGGUGGCCAUCAAGACCAUCCAGAAUAUCUUUCACGACUUUGGAGAGAUUGAUGUGGAUAUCUAUCUUGCUGGCUGUCAAACCUCAGUGGUAGAGCAGCUGGAAAGAGGGAGGUUCUUCAACCAUUCCAUCACCAAGGGCCACCUGUUUGCCUCAGUCCACGAUGCCGUACUGUACUGCCUCAACCACAAGGGGGCGUCUACAGCGCCCAGCUACGAGUGUGCAGUGAACAUGCGGUGCAAUACCCGGCUGUGACCAGAAGAUGGGGCUGUUUUCCAUGCAGGCUGCAACUGGACACUCUACUGAUUCACCAGCUGCUAUACCACCACUCUCUCUUUCUCUCACCUUGGUGCUGGCUCUCUCCCUACUGGAGAACAGACAACCACACCAAACUCAAACAGUAUGGAGCAGUUGCAGUACCAGACUCAGCACCUUCAACUGAGAUGAGAGAGAGAAAAUUAGGGGAAGGAGAAAAGGGAGAAAAGGGAGAAUGAGUAUUUAAUAGAUCUAUAAUGUUGAUCUAAUGGCUGUUACCAUAAAACUGGUCUGACUCAAAACACAAUCAUGAGUUAUUUGACAGUUAUUUAGGC